AUGACUGGGAUGGAUAACGUUGUAAAUUUGUACCUAAUUCCAGUACCGAACAUUAGCUUCAAGAAGACAGGUAAAACCUUACACGUGUACAAUAACGCACACCAUAUCACCUUCAUAUCCAAGCAAGUGGACGUCAAUAGUAGAACGGAAUUGUUUCCUACCCAGGGAAAAAUUAUUUCUGGCAUUUGCACUAUUUCAACGUUGAAAGCGUUGCUUUCAGAGAACAUUUCAGACAUGUCGACAGACUGCUUAGUCAAAAUUUUGUUUCAUAAAACCGUUUCAACUUCUUCGGUAGUUGGUUUAUUCACUUUCAUCAUCAACAUCGCGGCCACUGAAUUGUUGUUGCAGCCAAGAAGUUACAUGUUCAGCGACAACUCGACCCGCACAGCUUACAGGUGUGCCUCUGGAACCAACCUCAGCUCCAUUGCUACCAGCCAAACUGAUUGCUGUCUCACAUGCCUCACCAAUGCACAGAUGAAUUGCUUGGUGGGGAAUUAUUAUCCGACAGAUGGCAGGUGCGAAAUUUUUGAAGUCUGGACUGAAGCAAGCUCUGUUAACCUUCCCACUUGUACUAAUUUCAGAAAAAUUGGAAUUUGCCCUCAAGGAUUUAGAUAUUUGCCACUCAUCAAAACAUGUUUGUUACUUAUUCCUUCGCUAAGUUAUACAUGGGAGAGCGGCUUGAAAUACUGUUCUGCCCUGAGGUCCAACACGUCUAUGGUCAUAGUGGAUUCCGCUGUUAAAGCCACCACCACGUGUCAAGAAUCAACAACUUGGACCGGCGGAUCGAGACUAAACAGAUCCUCAACUUCGGAAGAUUACUUCUGGUUCGGUCCCAAUAAUUUGACCAUUUUGCAGUUGUGUUCAUCUAUGGAAAAUCUUGAACCUAUGGAACAACAAACACUUGACGAUCAUUGGAAGCUACAACACUGGUGUUCGAAAUAUAGUGAUCUUUGA